CCGGUCCCGGCUGCGAUCCCGGUGCCGGUGCCGGUGCCGGUGCCGGUGCAGGUCCCGCGGCGCAGGGAGGACACGCCUCCGCCCGGCGGCGGGCGAUGCUCCCCCGGCAGCCCCCGGCGCGGUGCCGCCCCGCGCUCAGCGCCCCGGCAUCUCCGCCGUGACCGACCUAUCUCACCAGGUAGAGAGAUGCCUGGGCAUUGGAAGCUCCCUGCAGCAUGCUGAGGAGACGUAACCUUCUUACCACGCUCCUGAUUGCCUUGCCAUGGGCUCUUCUCCUAACCUUGUGGCAUCAGUACCCAACCACCCACUACCUCAGCCUGCUGAGAAAGACAGAUGAGAACGUGACCUCUAAAGCUCUCCUCAAUGGUACGUCUGCACUGAGAGAAGAAGGCUUCCCAUCAUGCACUCGGCAGCAGCAAAGCAUAGGGGCUACCCCUAAAAUCAUCCAGAAUUAUGUGUACUCCAGGCCUCCCCCAUGGUCAGACACCCUGCCAACCAUCUUUGUUAUCACCCCUACCUACACCCGGCCGGUGCAAAAAGCUGAGCUGACCCGCCUGGCCAACACCUUCCUACACGUACAGAACCUGCACUGGGUGGUGGUGGAGGACUCGCCACGGAGGACCAACCUGGUAUCCAACCUGCUGGAGAAGGCUGGGCUCAACUUCACCCACCUCAAUGUGGAGACACCCAAGAGCCUGAAGCUGGGUCUGUCCUGGAUCCCAUCCCACACCCCAAGAGGGACACUACAGAGGAACCUGGGGCUGCACUGGCUGAGGGACAGCUUCAGCAACACCGCACCACCAGAAGGGGUGGUGUAUUUUGCCGAUGAUGAUAAUACCUACAGCCUGGAGCUCUUUGAAGAGAUGCGCUACACAAGGAGGGUGUCAGUCUGGCCAGUGGCUUUUGUUGGGGGACUGCGAUAUGAAUCCCCAAAAGUGAGCCCAGCAGGGAAGGUGGUGGGCUGGAAAACCGUAUUUGACCCUAAUCGUCCCUUUGCUAUUGACAUGGCUGGAUUUGCUAUCAGCAUCAAGCUGAUUUUGGAGAAGCCUCACGCCAGUUUCAAGCUGGAAGGAGUUAAAGGAGGCUACCAGGAAACCAGUCUCCUGAAGGAUCUAGUGACUAUGGAUGGGCUGGAGCCCAAAGCAGCCAACUGCACAAAGGUGCUGGUCUGGCACACAAGAACUGAGAGGCCCACUCUGGUUAAUGAAGGCAAGCGUGGAUUUACAGACCCCAGAGUAGAGGUGUAAGCAAAGAGCCAGCUCCAGGGUAGGCAGCGGGCUGUGAUCGUUCCUGAAGUUUGUCAGCAACCAUAGCAGCUGUGCACCCUACUUGUUCUACCCAGCGCUCUGCUCCACUGCUGGAGGAUGAUGAACACCCCCAAAUGUCACCACUCUGAUCAGCUCCCACUGCCCAAAAAGGUGGUAAUAAGCAGGGACAGAGCUUAUGUGGUGCCCUGCAAUCCUCCCCACCUGGGAGAGGAGUGCUUCCCUUCCCCUGUGGGCCCUGUACUUCUAACCAUUCGUUAAAAUUUAUUAGACGUGAUCUUCAUUCUCAGCUGUGCCAGCAUGGGGGCUGACAUCUGGGAUGGGUGCAGGUGCCUGCAAAGGUCUCUCCUGGCAUAUGGUAAAGCCUGAGCUUCAGUGGUUCAAGGUCAGGAGUUGUCACUAAAGCACAAAUGUGGACCUGUUGGCCUGAGGCUGGUAUGCUCUCAAACCAGCUUUAAAGCAAAGCUAGCCUGAGACACUGUCCCUCUGAGGGAUGCAUUCAGAUACUUACAUGGAUCAGCCUUCAGUGUUGGAGAGGAAGCUGUGACAGAGUGCCUCAUUUGGCGUUUGGGAGUUUAGAAGCAAUCUGGUGCCUACCCCUCAGCUAGGAUCUUGAACUGUUCCUGCUUAAGGUUGUUUUGGAAAAUGCUGUCCCAGAUCCCCAGGCAGAGAGCCCUCUGGAUAAAGGUCGCUCUCUUGCUCAGGGAGACCCGGCAGGUACUGUACCUCAAAGGCCAUGCCUCCGUGUCUCGCUGCAGGGACCAGAAAGCAAGGGCAAAGACGGAUGGACUUGAACAUAUUCAAGGCCUGGAAGCCUGCUGGAGCACCAUCACUCUCUGAAGUGAAGGUGGGUGAGAAGUGCUCAGAGAAGAGGAAUCCUCAGCCUGCACUAAUCUGCUGUGAGAACAUCAAGGAAUGAGGAGACAUCACUGGAAAACCUAUCUUGAGCACAUACAUGACAAUUGAAACAGCAAAUGUGACAAGAUUUUGCAGCUGAACUUUGAAAGGAGCAUGUGAUGCUGUGAAGAGAGAGGAGUCAGUGUCAUGUGGAAGGGUUUCCCUUUCCCUCAAUAGAACAGGAAGACAGCCAGGUGGAAGGCAGCCCACAAAGCAGGAGGUGCAAAUGAGGACCGAAGGAAGGAUGCACUGGAUUAAAAGCACAAGUGUUGAUACCAUGUGUGUGCGUGGGGAGUGGUGUUGCUGUGACUUUUCCAGGAAGAUUCCUUGAAUGACCCAGAAACCCCUUUGAGCGUAUCUUGAAAACCUUCUUCACUCAGGCCAUGAGAAUGAAGGCUUUAGGCAUUCAAAAUACAUCAAGGAUUUCACAGCUGGGGAAAAGUUUUAAGCGACUGAAUCAUCCCUCACCCAAGAAAUUCUGGGCUAGGAGAAAACUUAUUUAUUUGUUGAUUUAUUUAUACUAGAAUUCUUCUCUGCCUAUUCCUUGAUUCCUUUGAUUUUUAGCUUAGAUCACCUGACAUAUUCAUGAAGGAAGAAUAUUACCCACUCGCCUCAAAACAGUAGAGCUUGGUGUUCACCGAUGAAUGUCAUAUGUUUUGUGCUCCCUGGGGUUUCUUUAAAAUGGUGUCUUAAACUGGCAAAAUAAUCAGAAACACAGCAAGGAGGGGAGUACAGCGAAGGAAAUUAUAGUUCCUUUACGCAAGAGGCGUGGGUGGCACCAAGUUUCUGGCUCCCAAGCGAUCACUGUGAGGUAAAAACAUGAGCAAAGGAGUGCCUCACUCAACAGAUAGUCCCCAUGGGAUCUUGGGAAGCCUCCAUGAAGGGGGCUCUUUGAAGGGUAUCUGAGAGAGGGAGUUGGUCCAUGUCCCCUCAGUGGAGAACGAGCCACCAUACAUCCUGCUAGGAGGGGGCUAAAGUACAGGAGGGGGCAAAGAGGAUGAGAUGCCUCCCUUCAGAGAGGGACACAGGAGAAAUUAAAGAAUAGGCAACAAAUAGAGAAAUGGAGACUGUGUUCAGUGAGGCUUAGGCCGGGGUCUGUCCAGAUGAAGACACCCAGCAGUACGAGGCCACCCUGCCAGCUGUCUCAGUAUGAAGAAAUACUGAAUGGGCUGAAAAAACAGUGUCUGAACUCUAGGAAGGUCCUUACAGAGAAAGGGUCUGGCAUCCUGGUACUGGAUAGCAUGAAGGAAGCCCAGCAUAAACCAAAUGCUUUUCUCUCUGCAUUUCUCAGAGCUUUCUGUCCUGUCCUCUUCAGAAGGUAACAGGGCUUGCACUCCAGUGGGCUUUGCCAACCCAUCCUUUCACCAGGGCUCAAAGCUUCUACCCAGCAUUAAACCAAGAUUAGGUCCCCUUCUUUGUGAUUUCAGUGAAUGAGCAAGAGUGAGGGAAUAAAGGAGUUGAUUUAUGAUCCUCCAUUUUCUCCUCUGAGAUGGGCAGGGUUUCUGCCCGUAUGAACAGGAGGAGGAAUGAUGAUUAAUUCUCAGGCCUUUAAUCUCACACAGGUACUACAUAGGCUUUUGACACUGACAUUGAGAGUCUAUAGCAAGGAUCUCUUCUCUUUGCAACACCAUACACGUUUUUAGUUGUUCUUUCUACACCCCCAGAAGAAAGCAAAAUUACUGUUCCUGUAUGUACUACACUGUCAGUUCAGUGUCGGUCAGGUUCAGCUCUCAAGACCAGCCCUACCAUACCAUCUCCAUUCUUGCCCCAGCCUGGCCCUGGGGAGUAGACUUUAUGUGAAUCAAGAAGUUCUGUCUGUCACUAAAUUGUGCAGAACCAAGACCUUGUAUGGACAGCAUGAAUGUAUGCAGCUGAUAUUCCAGGCUAGCAGACAUUUGGACCUGUUCAGCACAAAUACUCUUCCCUGUAGACCAGCCUAAGGACAGCAAGGACUGCUGCUGGCCAAGGUGUAUCAGCUAAGGGUAGGUGAGUAAUAGGCACCACAAGUUGAGAUGGCUGUUAGCAAAGCUGGGUGGGAGAGCCCAGGAGAAAAGCAGCUGUCAAGAGUUACAGGCUUCAGGGGAAGUGAACGCAGUAAGGAGGGAAGCUGCAGAUCAAGCCUGAAGUAUUUAAUUAAGAGAAGGCAUCCCAGUGCCUGGUUUUUACUAGCAUAUUAGUACCUGAUAUUCAUGUUCUCUGAGAUUCAUCCAAUUCACCAACCAGUGAAUAUUACUAACCUUUCCUGUUGCAGAAAAUACUAUUGACGAAUGAAAGAGAAUGUCAAGAAAGUACUUUUUAAUGGUUAUUUAUUUAUAUUGAAUGGUACUAGAGCAUUAUUAAAUACAAUGUGAAUAGUAUAA